AUGUCUUCAUCCGAGAGCAGUGACAAGGAUUGCGCCUCCGAGGCCGCAUUGCCCAGAGACGACAAAGACGAUUCCACCUAUUUGGUCGAUUGGGAGGGGCCCGACGAUGCAGCCAAACCCUGCAACUGGUCUGGUACGAAGAGGUGGUCCCACAUCAUCAUUGUUGCCAUACUGGGUCUCAUACCCAAUAUGGCCACGACGAUGGUUGCACCGGGAAUCGAAGGUGCCAUGGCCGACUUCCACGUGGUUUCGGCCACUGUUAGCACUCUUUCUGUGACCAUAUUCCUCCUCGGCUUGGCCCUGGGACCCAUGUUCUUCUCGUCCAUGGGAGAGGUAUUCGGUCGCUUACCGGUCUAUCAUGCAGCCAACAUAAUCUUUAUCGCUUUCAUCGUCGGCAAUGCCUUGAGCCAGACAAUCGCUCAGUUCAUGGUCUUUAGAUUCCUCUCCGGCUGUGCUGGCGGCAUGCCGCUGGCAUUGGGCGGAGGUACAAUCGCGGACGUGACUGUGCCAGCAACAAGGGGGCUUGCGACGGCGUUGUUCAGUUUGGGCCCGCUGGCAGGGCCGGUUCUUGGCCCUGUCAUUGGGGGGUUCCUUUCAGCAAGCAAAGGCUGGCGAUGGUGCUUCUGGCUCUUGGCAAUCCUGGGUGGUGCCGCCGAAGUAGGCACUCUAUGUAUCAUGCGGGAGACCUCACCAAAGAUAAUUCUCGAGAAGAAGGCGGCUAAGCUUCGUGCGUCGACUGGAAACACACGCCUGCGGUCCAGUCUCGCCCAGAAGUUGACGGUCCAGCAAGUCCUUGCUCAGGCGCUGGUGCGCCCUACAAUGCUUCUACUACGGUCGCCUGUCGUAUUGGCUCUGUCUCUGUACGCUGCCUUGGUAUUCGGGGUCAUUUACCUCCUCUUCACCACGUUCAACGACGUUUUCCGAGGCCAAUACGGGUUUUCUCCCUCAGUAUCAGGGUUGGUGUAUCUCGGGCUGGGCAUUGCCCUCGUUCUGGGCGUGGUGGUGUUUGGAAAACUGAAUCCCCGCAUACAAGCGGCUCGCAUGAAGUCCGACGGCGUAACCACGCCCAAGCCCGAGUAUCGCCUAGUGCUGAUGAUUUGGCUCAGUCCUUGCGUCGCCUUUGGCCUCUUCAUCUACGGCUGGACGGUGUACUACAAGGUGCAUUGGAUUGUUCCCAUAAUUGGAACCUUCUUCAUCGGGCUUGGAGCCUACUUUGUUCUCAUGCCCACACAGCUGUAUCUGAUCGAGCUGUUUGGCUCCAAAGGGGCGGCCUCGGCACUCGGCGCCAACAAUGUCCUUCGAUACAUGGGAGGUACAUUCCUACCGUUGGCUGGACCGCGACUGUAUCGGUCAUUGGAUUAUGGGUGGGGGAAUACGUUGCUCGGCUUUCUCGCGUUGCUGUUUGCGGUCCCUCCGAUGUUGUUCUACAAGUACGGCGAGCGUCUGCGGGCAAUGGAUCGUACUCGCACGUAG